AAAAUUUCAUUAGAUAUUAACUUUCAAAUCUUUCGUUUUAUAAACAUAUGUUUUGAUAUCAAAAUUAAAUGAUAAUAGAAUUUCUUUUCUUACUAAAUUUUUAAAUAUAAUCAAUAAAUUUCUAUUCAGUUUUUGCCAUCUACUCUAAAAAAAAAUGACAUAACAAAGCUUUUUCCUCACCCUAGAUUUUUUUAUUCUUCUUCUUGUUCUUCAAAUUAAACUGAGAACGAACAAUAAAUAUGUUUGGUCUCGUACUUUCUCUUUCACAUAAGAAAUUCAAUUGAAUACAUUCUAUAUACUUCAAUCUUUUGACAAAAGGAUACUUCUACAUUUUUUUUUCUUAUUCUAUUGAAUUAAUUCAAUCACCUACUUCGUUCACAAUUUUUUUCUAUUAAUCAUCAUCAAUUUUCCAUUUUUCAUGAUAUGUGUGUAAAUCACUCGUUUAUAAUCAGUUCUUAUAUUUUUUUAAGGUGUCAUCUUUCCUUGAAUUAAUUUUUCCUGAUGCUUACACUUGCUUGAAUAUGUCUUAUAAUGAUUCUGAUGAACAUGAAAGACUUGAAGGAAACGAACGGACGAGCGCAAACAAAACAAAACUCGUGUCGUUUGUUGAGACGUUCAUAUUCAAUUCAUUGGGUACCCCCUUAGUUGUUAUUAUUGUUGUUGCAUUUCAUUACAGUAAGAAUGAAAGAAGAAUAAAUAAGUAAAAGAGAGAGAGAGAGAGAGACAAAAAGAACGUGUAGGGCUGUUUAUCUUCCCGGGUACCGACAUAUAGAACCUUUAUAAAAAGAAUUGGUGUCGAACACUCUUUAUUCAUACACUGUUAUCGGUCACACAUACGCAUUUCAAAAUCUAAAGAUUCCUACUAAUCAAUCGUUAUCAUUAACAUCUACAAAAUUUAUUCUUAUUGUUGGUCUUCUAGCCGUCCUGUUUCUUUUCCACUUCAACACUGUUGUUGAGUCAACAUCUCUUGAACACAGUGAUGAAAAAUGGGAUGAUUUAAGCUCAGAAGAUUUUGAUUUUGAGAAACGUCUUGCAUCAGCAAAAUUCGCUAGCGGACUUGGCAAACGAUUAGCAUCAGCUAAAUUUGCUAGUGGCCUUGGAAAACGUUUGGCAUCGGCUAAAUUUGCUUCUGGCUUGGGCAAACGACUUGCAUCAGCCAAAUUUGCAUCAGGCUUGGGCAAACGAAGUAUCAAUAAAUAA